GAAACCGCUCCCCCCCACCCAACCAACGCACCAUGGCCAAAACAGCAACCGCAUACAAAGAGAAGAUGAAGGAGCUGUCCGUCCUCUCCCUCAUCUGCUCGUGUUUCUACCCUGAGUCACGCAACAAGCUGGCCUUCGAGUUUGAAGACAUGGAGGUGAAGCCCAUCAACAAGCGGGCCUCUGGCCAGGCCUUCGAGGUGAUCCUGAAGCCUCAGUCCCCGGUAUCGGACGCAGCCCACACCGUCGCCUCACCCCCCAAGAGGGACAUCUCCUUGGAGGACAUCCAGAAGAAACUGGAAGCUGCAGAGGAACGGAGGAAGACCCAGGAGGCCCAGGUGCUGAGGGCUCUGGCAGAAAAGCGCGAGCACGAGAGGGACGUGCUGCUGAAGGCCAUGGAGGAGAACAGCAACUUCAGCAAGAUGGCUGAGGAGAAGCUGCAGAUGAAGAUGGGGCAGAUCAAGGAGAACCGCGAGGCCCACCUGGCAGCCAUGAUGGAACGUCUACUGGAGAAGGAAAGACAUGCCACCGUGGUUCGCCGGAACAAAGAGCUGAGGGAAGAGCUGACAGCGUGAGAUGCACACACACCCGAGUCUCGACAUCCACGGUCCAUCUACGUCCCC